UUCCUCUCCCACCUCUCUUUUUAAGAAACCCCCUCCCACCUACCUAGUGAGAGAGAGAGAGAGAGAGAGAGAGAGAGAGAAUGGGGGUGUUGAAGGUGUACGGGAUGGCGAUGUCGACGAACACGGUGAGAGUGGUCGCCGCCAUCAACGAGAAGGGCUUGGACUACGAGCUCGCCCUCGUCGACCUCCGCACCGGCGCCCACAAGCAACCCGACUUCCUCGCCCUCAACCCCUUCGGCCAGAUCCCCGUGCUGCAAGACGGUGACGUGGUGCUCUUUGAAUCAAGGGCGAUAAACCGGUACCUCGCGACCAAGUACAAGGAAUCCGGAGAGGAGCUCCUACCGGCCGGAUCGGCCGCUCUAGAGGUGUGGCUGGAGGUGGAGGCGCAGCAGUUCGGCCCGGCGAUCUCCGAGCUGGUGUUCCAGCUGUUCAUCAAGCCCCUGCUGGGCGGCGCGACGGACGCGGCGGCGGUGGAGGCGCAGGCGGCGAAGCUGGGGAAGGUGCUGGACGUGUACGAGGAGCGGCUGGCGAAGAACAAGUACCUGGCGGGGGACGAAUUCACCCUGGCGGAUCUGAACCACAUGCCCUACAUCAACUAUCUGAUGAAGACGCCGAAGGCGGAGCUGAUCGCCGCCCGCCCCCACGUCGAGGCCUGGUGGGACGCCGUCUCCGCCCGCCCUGCCUGGAAGAAAACUGCAGCUUCCAUCCCCAUCUGAUCCAAGUUCUUGUUCUGGGUUCUCCUGAAACAUGACACGGAUGCAUGGCUUGUGUAAUGGCAUCCCCCAGUUCGAUCAGUUUGCUGAAUAAAUUCAAUUUUCUCAAGUUAAUUAACUAUUUUCGGUAAGAAUCUGUCAUUAAAGAAAGAAUUGAUAUAUUAAAGUUUAUUUAUC